AUGGACUCCAAUUCCGACAUUGAACGAGCGAAUCAAGUCCAGAACCAUGGUCAGGCAACACAGGACUCUCAGACUGCAUCCGAUUUCAUUGAUCAACAACUAGCCUUGGAAGCGGACGCGCGAGAAGUUCUUCCCUAUAAAUUCGAUAAGUGCACGCACGUUUUAGGACCCCUCCGCCAGACCAUCUUCGCUUGCCUCACAUGCAGCCCUCCACCUGCCUCUGCGGCACAAGUAUACACCCCUGCAGGCGUGUGCUAUUCAUGCUCCAUCUCCUGCCAUGGUGAGCACAACCUGGUCGAGCUAUUCAGCCGACGCAAUUUCGUCUGUGAUUGCGGCACGAAACGACUUCCUUCCACAUCCUCCUGUAUGUUGCGGUCUGACCCUACGACCGGCGCACGUGGGGUUCAUUCACAGGAGCCUGCGCCCAAUAACCAAUACAACCACAACUUUCAGAAUCACUUCUGUGCCUGCGGAGAAGAGUACGACCCAGAAACAGAGAAAGGCACCAUGUUUCAGUGUCUUGGGCUCGGGACUGUAGAGAGUGGCGGCUGUGGUGAGGAUUGGUAUCACCCAGAAUGCCUGAUGGGACUUCCAAGAGACUGGUACAAAGAAGACAAAGCGCCACAAGGACGGGAAAAAGAAGAAGGCGAGCCCUCUCAUCCCACCCCCCCAGGUUUCCCUAGCGAGGACGACUUCGAACAUCUUCUCUGCUACAAGUGCGUCGAGUCCAAUCCCUGGAUAAAGCAAUACGCUGGCACUCCAGGAUUCCUUGAGCCUGUGUUUCACAGAUCGCCGGAGCCCAAAGUCGAUAACCAAGCACCUGACAAUUCGGCGCCACCAACGAACGGCACUUCUCUUAAGCGGAAAGCCUCAGACACCGACCUCGACAAACCUCCAUCGAGCCCCUCAAAACGCAUCAAGGAUGACCUGAACACUCUAUCUCUCCCAACAUCUGCGGAACCUUCCUCACAACCCUCAAACGACACAAACUCGGCACACAAACAUGAGUUACUCCCUCCGGCCCCCGAAGGCACAUUCAGCCUGUUCCUCACCUCCUCAUUCCGCGACCACAUCUGCCACUGUCCACAGUGCUACCCGAAACUGAUUCCGCAUCCUCAACUAGUUGAAGAAGAAGACACAUACGAGCCAUCCCUUUCCGACGCGUCUUCCCAAGCCAACAGCGCGGGGGUGCCGGGUUCAGGCACGCGGUCACACGGCACAGCAAGCCUUCUCGACCGUGGCGAAGCAGCCCUCUCCACCAUGGACCGCGUCAAAGCAAUCCAGGGCGUCAUGGUCUACAACCAUCUCAGAGACAAAGUAAAGGAGUUUCUGAAGCCGUAUGCCGAAAGUGGGCAGGUCGUAUCUGCAGAGGACAUCAAAUCAUAUUUCGAGAAGCUCCGUGGCGAUGAGAAUGCCAUCAAGGAAGCCAGGGACAAGCCUGUGGAUGGCAACGAAGACGGCGAUGCCGAUAAUAGGAGGGAACAAUCGGGCUACUGA